UUGCCGUUUCCUCCGCACAGACAAAUGGCCGCUAUUCUCUCUCUCUAAAUAUCGCGCUCUCUCUCUAAACCACCACACUCCUUCAACGUGUGGUCAUUCGUCGUCCUCUCCUUUUACCUUUAGAAGCAUUCAGUAUCCGUACAACUCAAUUUAUAACUACACUAGGGUUUAUCAGAAAAUUAAGCAAUGCCUCGUAUGUUUUCUGAACCAGCAAUUACUGUUUCAUGAGCAUAAUCACUAUGUUGGAUUCAAUUGCUUGUUCUCAUGGUUUCAAGGGAUACAACAUUGUCAAUCAGGCCAGCUCUGUUAGGGCUAAUUCUCAUGUUUUCUCACAUCUGUAUCGACAUAUUUUCUACAUGCCAUAUGCUUGUAACGAGCUAGUGCGAUCUCGAUUGUCCACCAUACAUCAUAGGAUAAGUCAUUGGUCUUAUAUUACACCAAAUGUGUCUAAAGGUACACCUUUGUUAACUUCCUCAUUUUCUGGUGCUCGAGGAUUCUACUCUAAUUGUAGAUGGACGCAGAGGGAAAGAUUCCAUAUAUAUGCAGCACUUGAUGUUGCCAGUGCAGUUGAUGUCAUCAAUGACUUAGGAUUGGAUACUUUGACAUUCUUGGGUGUGACUGUUAUGGUUGUUCCUGCCUUCAAGAUUAUUAAAACUAGCCCUAUACUCGGUUUCUUCUUUGCGGGGGUCGUGCUCAAUCAAUUUGGCUUGAUUAGGAAUCUUACAGAUGUUAAAGUUCUAUCUGAAUGGGGGAUCCUCUUCUUGCUGUUUGAGAUGGGUUUGGAGCUUUCACUUGCACGUUUAAAAGCUCUUGCGAAAUUCGCCUUUGGGAUGGGACUAACUCAGGUUGUAUUAUGUACUCUUGCUUUCACGGCAUUUGAACUUCCACCAAAUGGGGCUAUUGGAACAAGAAUUUUGGAGUUCCUUUUUCAUUCAAGGCCUGAUUUGGUAAAUAUCAGAAGCAUUGAUGAGGCUGUAGUGAUUGGUGCUGCUCUUUCGUUGUCUUCUUCAGCUUUUGUUCUGCAGCUUCUUGCAGAGAAGGGUGAACUUCCAACUAGAUUUGGCUCAGCAACUCUGGGGAUACUUCUACUACAGGACAUAGCAGUUGUCCCUCUCUUAGUCAUACUUCCAGUGCUCGAGAGUCAGAAUCUGGUCGAGGGAAGUAUUUGGCCAAUGCUUGCUAAAGAAAGUUUGAAGGCUUUAGGAGGACUGGGUCUUCUUUCUCUUGGAGGAAAAUACCUUCUUAGGCGGGUUUUUGAGUUUGUUGCAGAAGCAAGGAGUUCAGAAGCUUUUGUUGCUCUCUGCCUUCUGACAGUUGCUGGAACUUCACUUAUAACACAGAAGUUGGGCUUCAGUGACACGCUUGGAGCAUUUUUGGCCGGGGCACUAUUAGCGGAAACAAAUUUCCGAACACAGAUCGAAGCCGAUAUUAGGCCUUUUAGAGGCUUACUUCUUGGGUUAUUUUUUGUAACUACUGGGACUUCUAUUGACAUGCAGGUUCUUUUCCGAGAGUGGCCCAACGUGCUUUCACUCCUGGCUGGUUUAAUUGUUAUCAAGACACUAAUUAUAACAGCAAUAGGUCCCCGUGUUGGACUAACCAUACAAGAGAGUGUAAGAAUUGGAUUACUUUUGUCCCAAGGAGGCGAGUUUGGUUUUGUAGUUUUCUCGCUAGCGAACAGGCUUGGAGUACUACCACUUGAGCUGAAUAAACUGCUCAUAAUUGUUGUUGUGUUGUCAAUGGCUCUAACCCCUUUGCUUAAUGAUGUUGGAAGAAAGGCUGCUGAUUUUAUUGGUGAGAAGUAUGAUGAAGAUGAUAAAACUGCUGAUAUGGUGAAUUUUGAUGCAAGUGAACCAGUAGUUAUCCUUGGAUUUGGGCAAAUGGGUCAGGUCCUUGCGAAUUUCUUGUCUACUCCAUUGGCUUCUGGAGUUGAUGACAAUGUUGUGGGAUCGCCUUAUGUGGCUUUUGAUCUUGAUCCGUCUGUGGUCAAGGCAUCUAGGAAACUUGGUUUUCCAAUCCUUUAUGGUGAUGGAUCACGUCCAGCUGUCUUGCAAUCUGCUGGUAUAUCUUCUCCAAAAGCUGUAAUGGUCAUGUACACCGAGAAGAAGAGAACAAUUGAGGCUGUAAAGAGGAUUCGGCUUGCCUUCCCUGCGAUCCCAGUAUAUGCCAGAGCUCAAGACCUCAAACAUCUUUUAGAUCUGAAAAAAGCAGGUGCCACAGAUGCUAUUCUUGAAAAUGCAGAGACGAGUUUGCAGCUUGGCUCUAAGCUUUUGAAAGGGCUUGGUGUCAUGUCUGAUGAUGUAACCUUUCUCAGUCAGCUUGUUCGAGACUCUAUGGAGCUACAAGCUCAAGAAGAAUUUAGCAAGACUGAUGAUCAAGAAGCUGAUGUUAUGAAGCCAUUGCAGGUGAGAGUCGCAGAUUUGGUUGGUUCCCAAACACCCAAACCAUCAGUAUCAACCAGAGACACGAUGUUGAGAGUGAGCCAGACACAGAGAGAUUACGCCUUGAGGUUGCCGGGAGAAGUAGAUCAAUCAGAGAUUGAUGGUGAGCUCUGUCAAUCCGACGAUCUCGAAGGCAAGGGGGUUUUAUACUGUGAAUUGAAUUCUGAGAACGGUUCUGCAGUUGGCUCUGAAGAUGCUGAGGAGGAGAAAAUGGUAGUAGAUCCGUCGAUACGUUGCAUAACUACCAACGAAGGACCUUAAACAUGUCUUUGAAGCUAGUGAUCAUCAGGGCUCGAAAGCUUUAACCAUGCUUCUCAUGCACAAUGCUGUGUCUGCAUAAAAGCUUGAUGGUGUUUGAGCAUUGUCAGUUUUGUCUUUGAGAGAGUGGUAUGGUCAUACUGUAGCAGUGUUUACAUUAGACAAUGAAAUGUCUUAAUGAUUUGGUACAGGUUCAACUUUUUUCAGAACCACACAUUUAUGUAUAUAAUUGAAUUGAUGAGAACAUUUUUUUUCAAUGGAAAGUAUUAUUAUUAUUCAUUUA